CUUCUCUCAAAUCUUCCAGACUCGCGGAAACCUCCACUGCUUCAGUGAAUUCGAUUUGAGACACCUCCAAACUUCAACCAUGUCCCGCCGCCUCUACACCGUUUUCGUGGCUCAGCUUGCCCUCAUGCAGAUGGUCAUGGCUGCCCCUACCACCAGCACCGACAUUACCUCGCUCAACCCCUAUGACCAGGACUCGGACCUCAUUCUCGUCCCAAAGCCGGAGGAUCAGCACCGCAGUCUGAGUCCCAUCUAUCAUGAGGAUUGGAAACAUGUCAAAGAGGCCAGAGGCCCCCUUCCCAGCCAUCAGGUCAGAUGCGGGGCCGACGACCGCAGCCCACAAAGCUCGGAUGUCGAGGCAGGAAUCCGGGCACUGCACGCCAAAGGAGGCCCAGUCGUGCUCGAGGAGGGAAGGGCGACGUUUGGAGACUGUGACGUGCCGGUAGAGAGUCGUAUCCGACGUGCUUCUAUCUGGGUCUGCAACCGGACUGGGAGGGAUAGCUUGACCCUAUCGUCGUGGAGCAUGGUUGCCGAUGCGGCGCAGUUGAUUGUCGAUGACUGCAAAAGACAAGGCAUCCACGCCCAAUCUGAAGGAGAAAUCAGUUUUCCGGAUGGUUGGACAGUCAGUGUCCAUAGAAAUGGCUUCCUGGGAUUUGGGGUUAUAGUAGAAGCCAGACGCUAUUGGCAGCUCGUAAGGGAUGCGGUAAGAACCGGCUUCCCUGAGUUGAAGGGGAGGAUUGGUGCGGGAACUCCAGGUGCUGCCGAGACUGAUAGAGAGAUGACAUACGACAUGGAUGGGAGUCGGGUGACGGACGUAUUAGGGAUCAACUACACGUCCUUGGAGAAAGUAAUGGUGGAUACCUUUGCGCAAUUCCUAGAAGCUGAUAAGCAGGCUGGAUAG